AAAAUGCUGAGUCCCUCCUCUUUCUCCUGAGGCGCGGCUGCGCUCUGAUUGGUGCAGAGCUCCUGGUCAGUGGAAGGAGGGAGAAACUAAUGUAAGAAAAAGCAGCUUUCGAUCAGUUAGACAGAAACUGGAUCCGAGGUUCGAACCUACAGCAGGAGCCUAGAUGGGGGGUCAGGUGUCGGUACCAGACGGCGUGCACGUGGUGGUUGUGGGAGGCGGGUUCGGAGGCAUCGCUGCAGCCAAGCAGCUGAAGUCUGCAGGAAUCAGCUUCACCCUGGUGGACCUGAGGGACGCCUUUCAUCACAAUGUGGCAGCGCUCAGAGCGUCGGUGCAGCCCGGCUUUGCACAGAGGACCUUCAUCCCGUACACUGAGACGUUUGGAACCAGCUUUGUUCAGGGCCGAGUGGAGCGAGUGGACCCGGAGAGGCAGAUGGUGGUUCUGCAGGGUGGGAGGGAAAUCCAGUACUCCCACCUCAUCUUGUGUACUGGGACAGAUGGGCCUUUCCCCGGGAAGUUCAACAUCGAGGUGUCGCUUCAGACCGCCAUUCAGACGUAUGAGGACUUUAUCCAACAGAUCCAGGUUGCAGACUCGGUGUUGGUGGUUGGAGGCGGGGCCACAGGUGUGGAGAUGGCUGCUGAGAUCAAGACAGAGUAUCCGGACAAGAAGGUGGUUCUGAUCCACUCAAGAAUCGGUCUGGCUGACCCAGAACUCGUGCACAGCGUCAGGCAGCAGGCCAAAGAGAUUCUGCUGGAGAAAGGAGUGGAUCUGCUGCUGGGACAGAAACUGUCCAACCUUUCAGAGCUGCAGCUGAACGUGACCCAGAAGAACAUGGAGGUGAGAACAGAUAUAGGAGAGACUGUGAUCACUGAUCUGAUCAUCUGCUGCACCGGAAUCAGGAUCAACUCUGCAGCCUACGCCUCCAGCUUCUCUGACAGUAUGGCUGAUGAUGGAGCUCUGAAGGUGAACGACCACCUGCAGGUCCACGGUUUCUCCAAUGUUUUCGCUGUGGGUGACUGCACCAACCUCCAAGAACCUAAGCUGGCGUACCACGCCGGCCUCCACGCCUCCGUCGCCGUUACCAACAUCAUCAACAGUCUGAGCGGGAAGCAGCUGACGUCGUAUCACACAGGUAACGUCACCAUGCUGCUUGCGAUGGGCCGAGAUGAUGGCGUGGGUCAGUUUAACGGCUUCAGACUUCCUCGUUGGCUCGUAGCUCUGGGGAAGAGUCGGGACCUGCUGCUGUGGAAGAGCUGGAGGGAGAUGCAGCAGAAACAACCCUGCUGAUAACUGAGGACACCACAGAUGAAGACCAACCAUCCUCAACAUCCUCACUCCAAAAUGGGGCUAACCUGGACCUUUGACCUUAACAUUUACACCAGUCACAAAGAAAACUGACUAAAAACAUGUUACCGUAAAGCUAAAGUUUCUGUCUGAAGACCAAGUCCUGCAGAAUAUUAAAUGAAGUUUUAUUGUAACCUCUGACAUCUAGCUCAGGAGGUUCUGUCUGAUCUAGGUGAUGAAUUUCUUCUUUCCCAGAAAAUCUCUUACAAACAGUACAGCUGCAGAGAGCGCCCCCUGCUGUUUGGUUUCCUGAAGCUGUUCUUCAGAGGGACAAAUGUUCUUUAACUUGACGUGUUGUUGAAGGUUCUAUUAGGAGAAUCAGGUCCAGAUCCUACAGAUCACCUUUCAAAUGUCAGCUCUGGGUUUUAUAUUUAAAGUCUGUUAAACAUGAAGACCUUCAUUUAACCUGUUAUAUUUACACAUGUACCUCUGAUGCAUUUACACAACAGAUUAUCUAGUAUUUUACAGCAAUAACUGAAUAUAUAAAGUGCUUUCAUGAUUCUGAAUUAAUAAAUUGAACUUCAUGACGAUGAA